AUGGUGAAAGCCGAUGUUGGGGAGUUAAAAGGGCAAAUGGGCCAAAUCCUAGAGGCCUUGAAGGUCUUACAAAGCCAAGGAGAAAUAUGCACAUCAUACCAUCAACAAUUGAGUGAAGAGGCCCAAAUUUUCCCUCCACAUGGCCACCCUCUGAAUUACACUCCACCCAUGGAAGCCAACUUGGGGCAAGUUUGCGUUCAAAAAGCUGAAAACAACGCGACUACUGGAGAAAAUAAACUUGGGGCAACAGGUUUCGACAAAACCAUCCAGCCAAAUGAUGUGCACGUAAAUUUGACAAAGCAACCUGAGGUGAGGUCUUCACCACAUGUUGCUAUAUCAAUGGAUGUUGACAACACCGAGGGUAAAUUAGAAAUGCUUGAGAAGAGGUUGAAAGUUAUAGAGGGCGAAGGAAUUUUUGAAUUCAGUGAUGUUGCAGGACUAUGUUUAGUCCCUGAUGUGGUUACACCUCCAAAGUUCAGGUUGCCAAAAUUUGAAAAGUAUCGAGGGAAAACUUGUCCAAAGAUUCAUAUAACCAUGUACUGCAGAAAAAUGACUGCUUAUGUUCAUGAUGAGAAACUGUUGAUUCACUUCUUCCAGGAAAGCUUAACUGGCAUGGCUCUUAAUUGGUACACCCGUUUGGAUCCAACUCAUAUCCGUUCAUGGGAAGAUUUGGUUAUUGCAUUCUUAAGACAAUAUAAAUACAAUACCAAUAUAGAACCUGAUAGAAUACAACUGCAGAAUAUGACUAAGAGCGAGACAGAAACCUUCAAGGAAUAUGCUCAAUGA